AUGUCCAUCCCCGCCCUCUUCCAGCCCCUCAAGGUUGGCACCAUGAACCUCGCUCACCGUGUCGUCAUGGCCCCCAUGACGCGCUACCGCGCCGACGACGCCCACGUCCCCACCGACAUGAUCACCGAGUUCUACAAGCAGCGCGCCUCUGUCCCCGGCACCCUCCUCAUCACCGAGGGCACCUUCAUCUCCGGUCAGGCAUCUGGCCAGCCCAACGCGCCCGGCGUCUGGACCGAUGCCCAGAUCGCCGCCUGGAAGAAGGUCACCGACGCCGUGCACGUGCAGGGCUCGUUCAUCUACCUCCAGCUCUGGGCGCUCGGCCGCGCCGCCCGCCCGCCUCUCUUCAACAAGGAGUUCCCCGACUACCCCUACGUCUCCGCCUCCGACAUCGGCCUCAAGGAGUUCCCCGACUGGAAGCCCCGCCCGCUGACCAUCCCUGAAAUCAAGGAGUACGUCGACUGGUACGGCCAGGCCGCCAAAGACGCGGUCGAGCGCGCCGGCUUCGACGGCGUCGAGCUCCACGGCGCGAACGGCUACCUCCCCGACCAGUUCCUCCAGGACGUCUCGAACACGCGCACGGACGCGUACGGCGGCUCGGUCGCGAACCGCGCGCGCUUCGUGCUCGAGGCGAUGGACGCCGUCGUCGCCGCCGUCGGCCAGGAGCGCGCCGCGCUCCGCCUCUCGCCCUGGUCGCUCUACCAGGACAUGCGCAUGGCGGACCCCGUCCCGCAGUUCGCGUACGUCGUCGAGCGCCUCAAGGAGCGGUUCCCCGCGCUCGCGUACCUCCACCUCGCGGACCUCGGCGCCGCGGGCAUGCAGGGCCCCGAGGACCCGGCGCAGGCGAACUUCGUGUACGACCUCUGGGCACCGCGCCCGCUCAUCACCACCGGCGGGUACGACCGCGCGAAGGGGAUCGAGACCGCGGAGAAGACGGGGCAGAUCGUCGGCUACGCGCGCGCCUUCCUCGCGAACCCCGACCUGCCGUUCCGCCUGAAGGAAGACGUGCCCCUCAACCCGCCGGACUACGGCAGCUUUUACACCGCGAAGAGCGCGGAAGGCUACACCACGUACCCGUUCUCGGAGCAGUUCUUGAAGACGAAGGCGUGA